GAUUUCAUUCUGCUACAGCUGGUGGCUGAGCAUUUCUGCCUGGGAUGGCGGAGGAUCAGGAGCUGACUCAGCCACACAAAGCUCAACUCGAGCCCUCCCUUCAGCAGCGCACCAGCAACACAUACCGCAGUGCAGAGCACUCUCAGGCCUUGCUCAGUGGCUUGGUAUCUCUCCGAGACAGCAGCAUCCUCUUCGAUGUAGUUCUGGUAGUGGAAGAGAAACCUAUUGAGGCUCAUCGCAUACUUCUAGCUGCAUCCUGUGACUAUUUCAGGGGAAUGUUUGCAGGAGGACUGAGAGAGAUGGAACAAGAAGAAGUUCAUAUUCAUGGCAUCUCCUACAAUGCAAUGUGUAAAAUCUUGAACUUCAUUUACACUUCUGAGCUGGAACUCAGUGUGAACAGUGUACAGGAAACCUUAGCUGCAGCCUGUCAGCUUCAGAUUCCAGAAGUCAUUAAGUUCUGUUGUGAUUUUCUCAUGUCCUGGGUAGAUGAAGAGAACAUCCUCGACGUAUACAAACUAGCUGACCACUAUGACUUGAGACAUUUGAGUGAUCAGCUGGACUCCUACAUUUUGAAGAACUUUGCAGCUUUCUCAAGGACACAAGUGUACCGACAGCUACCUUUGCAGAAGGUCUACUCCCUUCUCAGCAGCAACCGUUUGGAGGUUAACUAUGAAUUUGAAGUUUAUGAUGGAGCACUUUUUUAUCAUUAUUCUCCAGAGCAACUGGAGACAGAUCAGGUCUCCCUGAUGGAGCCCCUUAAGCUACUUGAGACAGUUCGUUUUCCUCUGAUGGAACCCCAGAUCCUGCAAAGGCUUCAUGACAAAUUAAGUCCAUGUCCUUUAAAAGAUACAGUCGCAGAUGCAUUAAUGUACCACAAGAAUGAAUGCCUUCAGCCAAUGCUUCAGAGCUCCCAGACACAGCUGAGAUCAGAGUUCCACUGUGUAGUGGGAUUUGGAGGGAUGCAUUCUACUCCAUCCAUUGUCCUCAGUGAUCAAGCCAAGUAUCUGAAUCCCUUGUUGGGAGAGUGGAGGCACUUUACAGCUGCACUAGCCCCCAGAAUGUCCAACCAGGGGAUUGCUGUUCUUAAUAAUUUUGUAUAUUUAAUUGGCGGAGACAACAAUGUAAGUGGUUUUCGAGCAGAGUCAAGGUGUUGGAGGUAUGACCCACGACACAACAAAUGGUUCCAGAUCCAGUCCCUACAGCAAGAGCAUGCUGACCUGAGUGUUUGUGUUGUGGACAACUAUAUAUAUGCCGUCGCAGGCCGAGAUUACCAUGAAGACCUGAGAGAAGUGGAGAGGUAUGACCCUAAAAGCAACACUUGGGAAUAUGUGACACCUCUGAAGAAGGAGGUAUAUGCACAUGCUGGAGCAGCACUGGAUGGGAAGAUGUAUAUUACCUGUGGGAGGAGAGGAGAAGACUAUUUGAAAGAACUACAAUGUUAUGACCCAAAGACUGACCGCUGGGACGUUUUAGCAGAUGGUCCAGUGAGACGUGCUUGGCAUGGGAUGGCUGCACUGCUAGGAAAGCUCUAUGUAAUUGGAGGAAGCAACAAUGAUUCUGGCUACAGAAGGGAUGUUCACCAGGUUGCCUGCUAUAGGCCAAGCACUGAUCAGUGGACAAAUGUAUGUCCACUUCCUGCAGGACAUGGAGAGCCAGGUAUUGCGGUCUUGGACAACAGGAUCUAUGUCUUGGGAGGCAGAUCCCACAACAGAGGAAUCCGCAUGGACUAUGUCCACAUUUACGAUGCAGAGAGAGACUGUUGGGAGGAAGGACCCCAGCUGGAGGAUGAUAUUUCUGGGAUGGCUGCCUGCGUCCUCACUUUGCCCAGGGCUAUUUUAAUGGAAACAGAGAAAUGGUUCUCAGAAUGGCACACAGACCGCGUGAAGUAUCACCUUGACUUUCCAUCGGAAGUUAUGAGUGUAUCAGACUGGGAGGAAUUUGACAGUUCAAGUGAAGAUUAGAAAACUUUAAUAUUUAUUUUUUUUGCCAGCGGGUGAGGAAAUUAAGGCUUGGAGAAAAUAUUUAGAGAUUUUAUAUGUCUUUCUUAUAUACAUAAAUCAAUAUUUAAAGGUUUGAAAAAUAAGCGUUCUGCACAAAAUGCCAUUCACACUCAAUAUCUGAUCAUCUGCACGUGUUCUGCACAAAAUGGCACUUACAGUCAGUAUCUGCCCACCUGCCAGAAAGCAACAUUUUUAAAGUAACCACAGAACUUCCAUUUUCCCCCAAUUAAAGUAUAGAGGUUCUUUUCCUUUGAAGGAGACUUUUCUCAACCUUCAGCAUGGACAGAAAAAAAGGCACAGAAGGCUCAGCUUGACUAGCUUCUUUCCUUCCAGCUUUUAGCUUGCAAUAGCUUUUUGAGAUUUUUUUUUUCUUUCGGCAA